UUUAGGCUCUGGCAUGUGGUAUCAGGAAGCAGUGCUUGUGACUGUAGAGAAGGGAAACUCUGUCUUGUUCAACUGUUCCCAGAAAUUUGCCAAUGCAGCAAAGAUUGACUUCACUUGGUAUAAAGAAGAAGCCAGCCAAAUGCGUAUUUGUGAAUUCGUUGUGGAGGACAAAACUGGGAAUAUGAGAAACUGCAAGACACGCCUGCUUGUCACUGGCUCACCAUGGCCAAUGCUGCUACUACAGGAUGUGAGGGUCAGUGACAGCGGGAGAUACACUUGUAAGACAGAAAAAAUCAUUCCACCGCCUCAUGUGGGGAUCACAAGUGAGACAAAUCUUUCUGUGGUGGGUCCUCCGGAUAUUACCCUGAAGUACACCUUCUUUAAUCACUCUUCAGACUGCGUACAGCUUUUAUGUAUUCUGGAGGACUUCUUCCCCUAUGAGGUGAAUGUAACCUGGUGGAAAGAUGGGUGGAGAGAUGAUUCGGGAGACAACCUGCAGAGUCUGUUCUCUGGUCAAACUGUUAUCAAUGCAUCUCUUAACAUUUGCAAGCCCAACUGGAAAUCUGGUGAUGUGGUUUCUUGUUUAGUAAACCACUCUGCAUCUGCUUCAGUCAUGGGUAAAAAUGUCACUCUUUACCCUAAUAAAGGUAAGCAUGUAUUGUCUCAAUUGUUUCAGUCACCAGUAAUAUGCAUUAAUAGUGAACAAAAAUGUUCCAUGUUAUGCAGAAAUCAGUGAACUGCAACCAACUGCCAUUGGCAUUACCCAUCUUAGAGUAACUACUGUUAUUUGUUACUUUCGAGCUGUGACACAUCAUCUGUCAGUGGCAUUUAAACCCAUUGUGGUAUAUUUUAUUGACUUAAAGAUAUUCAAGAUUCAUGGACAGUCAACAGUCUGAUCUUAGCACCAUUACAGG